AUGGCCUGCUGCACCACUAGCUUCUGUGGAUUUCCCAGCUGCUCCACCGGUGGGACCUGUGGCUCCAGCUGCUGCCAGCCAAGCUGCUGCCAGACCAGCUGCUGCCAGACCAGCUGCUGCCAGACCAGCUGCUGUGGGACCGGCUGCGGGACUGGCUGUGGCAUGGGCUAUAGCACCGGCUGUGGCCAGGAGUGUGGCUGUGGAGGUGUGAGCUGCCGAACCAGGUGGUGCCGCCCUGACUGCCGCGUGGAGGACACCUGCCUGCCCCCCUGCUGUGUGGUGAGCUGCAUCCCCCCAACCUGCUGCCAGCUGCACCAUGCCCAGGCCUCCUGCUGCCGCCCAUCCUACUGUGGACAGUCGUGCUGCCGCCCAGCCUGCUGCUGCUACUGCUGCCAGCCCACCUGCUGUGAGCCCACCUGCUGCCAGUCCACCUGUUGA